AUGGAGAUGGCCACCAACAACCAGAACAAACGCAAACGAGGCGCGGCGACUCAUGUGAAGAUCGCCGAGAAGGCGCCGACUCGAACCAACCCGACUCGAACCAACCCGACUCGGACUGCGACCACCAAGACUCUCAUCGCCCCGCCCGACCUCAGCUCAGAAGAUGAGUCUCAACCAAAGAGACCCAAGAACUCCAAGAAGCCACGAAAGAAUCGCGCCAACCCAUCCACCAAACACUUCCGCUUCCUCGAACUCCCCGGCGAACUGAGGACCAACAUCUACGACCUCGUCCUCGCCGACAGCUCCGUCACGCUCCGCAGAAGCGCGCGACGUCGCAAGAAGCCCACCAAGCGCAACGACGAGGACUCGCCGAACUGGCAGGACAAUAUCGUCGUCGCAUCACCACUUACCCAGGUCAACAAGCAAAUCUGCGCUGAGUUCUUCCAUGCCGCUGCUAUUUCCGCGGAUAUCAGGACUACAGUUGUCGACUUCGAGUUUGGGCACAUCAUCACGUUCCUCAAUCGCCUGACUGAGGGUCUGCUCGAUAAGAUGAAAGCCGGCGAGGAAGACAAGGCACCUAAGCGCAACUUCACCAUCACGCUCCAGCAUCUCGACAAGCACGUCGAAGACGACAAAACCCUCCGGCGCUGGCUCAACCGCAUGGAAGUGCCAGAGAAGAAGGGAACCAACAUCGACUUCCGCUAUAUCUGCUCACCGCUUCCAGUCCGGGAUCUCUCAUGGCAGAUUCCGUCACACCUCGUGGCUCUGUUCGGUGGAGCCCUUUCCAUACCCAGCCCGACACUUCCACGACGCAUCAUCGAUGGGGCGCCAACGUAUUCCGAGGGAGGUAGAGGUGCAGAAGAGCGGGCGAAAAUCGUGGGGGCGGCGGACCUGGCGCAAGGAUGGAAGUGA